UAUAGUCUGCAUACCUUAACACUAAUGAUAAAAUUCACACCAGAAUAAAACCCUUUAAAUGUAAGGAGUGUGGGAAAGACUUGAAGUCUUUUCAUCUCACUGAACAUGUAAAAACACACACUGUAGUGAAGCCUUGUCUUGGUGAGGUACGUGGAAAUUCAUUUGGAAGUUCCUCAUAUCUUCGUAUUUGCAAUCAAAUUUAUGCUGGACUAGAACUGUAUAAAUAUAAGAAGUGUAGGAAAGUCUUUAAACAUUCUUUGCAUCUUAGUGUUCACAUGCAGAGUCACACUGAAGAAAAACCUUACGAAUGUGAAGAAUGUAGGAAAGCCUUUGCUCAAUUCUCAAGCCUUACUGAACAUAUAAAAACUCACACUGGAGAGAAGCCUUUUAAAUGUGACAAAUGUGGGAAAGGUUUUGCUACUUCCUCAAAUCUUACUAAACAUUCGGGAUCUCACACUGUAGAAAAACCAUUUGAGUGUAAUAUAUGUGGGAAACAAUUUGUCAGUUCUUCGUACUUAAUCAUUCACAAGUGUACUCACACUGGAGAGAAACCCUAUAAAUGUAAGGAAUGUGGAAAAAGCUUUAACCAUUCUUUCCACCUUAAAGUUCACAUGCGAACCCACACUGGAGAGAAACCCUAUGAAUGUAAGGAAUACGGAAAAGCCUUUACUGAUUCCUCAGGCCUUUUUUACCAUAUAAAAACUCAUACUGGAGAGAAGCCUUUUAAAUGUGCCAUGUGUGGGAAAGCCUUUGCAUUUUCAUCACAUCAUAACAGACAUUUUAGAACUCACACUGGACAGAAGCCUUUUGAGCGUGAUAUAUAUGGGAAAACAUUUGCCUCUUCUUUGUACAUUAUCAUUCACAAGUGUAUUCACACUGGAGAGAAACUUUAUAAAUGUGAAAAAUGUGGGAAAACCUUCACUCAAUCCUUAGGCCUUACUGUACAUAUAAAAACUCACACUGGAGAGAAGCCUUUUAAGUGUGACACAUGUGGGAAAGCCUUUCCUACUUCCUCACAUCUUACUACCCAUUUUAGAACUCACACUGGUGAGAAGCCUCUUAAAUGUAAUAUAUGUGGGAAAACAUUUACCAUCUCUUCAUCCUUUAUCAAUCACAAGUGUACUCAUACUGGAGAGGAACCAUAUGAAUGUAAAGAAUGUGGAAAAGGCUUUAAACGAUCUGUACACCUUAACAUUCACAUGCGAACCCACAGUGGAGAGAAACCCUAUGAAUGUAAGGAAUGUGGGAAAGCCUUCACUCAAUCCUCGGGCCUUACUGAACGUAUAAAAACUGACACUAGAGAGAAGCCUUUUAAAUGUGACACAUGUGGAAAAGCCUUUGCUCUUUCCUCACACCGUAACAGACAUCUUAGAACUCAUACUGGACAGAAGUCUUUUGAGUGUAAUAUCUGUGGGAAAACAUUUUCCAGUUCUUCGUAUAUUUUCAUUCACAAGCGUACUCAUACUGGAGAGAAACCUUACAGAUGUAAGGAAUGUGGGAAAUCUUUCAGUUUUCACAGUUCCUUUCGGCAUCAUGAAAGAACUCACCUGGAGAGAAAUCCUAUCAAUAUAAGGAAUAUGGUAAAGCCCUCAGUAGCCUCAAUUUGCUUCAGAGACAUGAUAGGACCAUACUGCAGAGUUGCUCUACAAAUGUAAGGAAUGAGGGAAAGCCAUCAGAAUCUCAUCACAACCCACCAUGUAAGGACUCACAGUGAAGCCAUUCUUUUAAGAGUCGUGGGAGGUCCUUUCCUGUUUCCUUGUUGAAAUGAUAUUUCUUACAUAGGAGAGAGCUUGUAGUGGAGAGAAAUUCAACUGAUGUAAUAUAUUUUGGGAAAUUGUUCUGCAAAUGUUCACUUGUGAUCUCGCUAUGGAGAAAAACUUUAUGAAUGUCAGAAAUGUUGUAGAGUCGUCAUCAUUUUCCAUAAGAUUCUUUUUUAUCCUUAAUAAACAUGGGAUAGUUCUCGGUGAAGAGAAACUGAAUAUAGGAAAUAUGGGAAAUGCUACCCUGAGUGUGAAUCUUAGAGUCUUCUUAGGUACAUAGCAUUCUAGGUGGUUCUGUAGAUCUAUUCUUAGCAUUUUUGAGUAGGCCCUGACCGUUCCUACGUAUAAUGUCUUUUUUUGCUUUUGAUAGGCCAGUCUAGUUGCUACACCUUCCAGGUUGCAACCUGGUCAAAAGUAUGUCCACGGGAUUUAUACUUAAUCCUCUUCUAACCACCUGGAUUCUCUUGUUGGAUUGACAUGAUCUUACUUUUUGAAGACAGUGAAUGCUUGACUAUGUACAGUGCUCACUGGACUCAUUUACAACAAGCCACACUGGCCAAGGCAGUGGUUAAAAUACAUCUGUGUAAAUUUUAUAAAACUACCUUGUCCUUCUCACACCUGAUCCUUUCAGAUAAAAAGUCAGUGUCAA